GCCUUUUUGACCGAGGCGAAGCAGAGGGGAAGAGGAUACUCGCUUUCCUCUCUUCUUCUUCGUAUCUCGUCUCUCCCUCGGUGCAGAUAAAAGGGAGCCGAAAUCAAGACUUGUUUCGUAGCUCGAUCGAUUGCUUCCGAUAUACUCCUACCCUAACCUCUAUAUCUCUGGAGAAAGAGAGGGUUUGUUUGCACGAAUAAGGAGAAUUAAGACUGUUUCAUGUGCAGUGGUCCGAAGAGGAAACUAUCUCCGGCAGAUUUCGUCAUGGAGGGCGAAUUCCAGAAGCCAAAGGAGGGUGUGAACUGUAACCUUUCGGUUUUGCUCGAAUUAGCGGCAUCAGAUGAUCUGAUCUCCUUCAGGAGUUUAGUGGAAGGAGAGGGUUUGGAUAUUGACGAGUCGAGUUCCUGGUAUGGGAGAGCGAUCGGGUCAAAGAAGAUGGGGUUUGUGGAGAGAACACCCCUUAUGAUUGCGGCCUUGUUCGGGAGCACGGAGGUGUUGACCUAUAUCCUCUCGACUGGGAAGGUUGAUGUCAACAGGGCCUGUGGGUCGGACGGAGCAACCGCCCUCCACUGUUCUGCUGCAGGGGGAUCUGCUUCCUCUAUUGGGAUUGUCAAGCUUUUGCUUGAUGCUUCGUCUGACGCUAACUCUGUUGAUGCUAAUGGUAAUCGACCUGGGGACUUGGUUCCUCCAGUUUUGAAGUCGUGCAAUUCGAGGAAGAAAACACUAGAGAUGAUGUUGAACGGCUGCAGUUGCACAGGGGAAGGACGGAUUUCUCCCGAUCUAACUAUGAACCAAACGGAGGAACAGCCAGAGCAGUUGUUGAUGCCACAGGCCUCGAAAGAUUCUAGUGAGAAAAAGGAAUAUCCAUUUGAUCCCUCGCUUCCCGAUAUUAAGAAUGGGAUCUAUGGGACAGAUGAAUUCAGGAUGUACACAUUCAAGGUGAAGCCUUGUUCCAGGGCAUAUUCCCAUGACUGGACAGAGUGUCCAUUUGUCCACCCAGGGGAGAAUGCUAGACGCCGUGACCCAAGGAAGUAUAACUAUAGUUGUGUUCCAUGCCCUGAAUUCCGGAAGGGGACGUGCAGGCAGGGGGAUACCUGUGAAUAUGCACAUGGUGUGUUUGAGUGCUGGCUUCACCCAGCACAGUACAGGACCCGUCUCUGCAAGGAUGAGACCAGGUGCACACGAAGGGUUUGUUUCUUUGCACACAAGCCUGAAGAGCUACGCCCUUUAUAUGCUUCAACUGGCUCAGCUGUUCCAUCGCCUAGAUCAUCUUCUGCCAACAUUUCUUCACUUGACAUGGCGCCAAUGAGCCCAGUUGCCCUUGGUUCAUCAUCUCUGCUUAUGCUCUCUACAUCUACACCACCCAUGUCGCCCUCUGUGGCCCCUUCUUCUCCUAUUGGGGGAGCUUUGUGGCAGAACCAGCCUGGCCUUGCCCCUCCUACACUGCAGCUUCCAGGUAGCAGGUUGAAGACCACACUAAGUGCCAGGGAUAUGGAUUUAGACAUGGAAUUGCUUGGGCUGGAUCGUCAUCACCAACAGCAGCAGUUGAUGGAUGAGAUCUCCAAUCUCUCUACCCAGUCCAGCUGGACCUUGGCCACUGCUGCAGCCCUUGCUGCCUCAUCUGGUGGUCGAACGGGGGAGUACAGUCAGCUUGGUGGAGUGAUGCCUACUAACCUUGAUGAUGUUUUUGGAUCCGUUGAUACAUCAGUGCUGUCUCAAUUGCAGGGGCUCUCACUGAGUGCUGCAGCAUCCCAGUUGCAAUCUCCGACUGGAUUCCAUAUACGCGAAAGCAUUAACCAGAAGCUCCUCCCUAGUUAUUCGACAAGCCUCUCUUCCUCUCCAGCGAGGACAUCAACAUCGUUUGGACUUGAUCCCUCUGGUUCAGCGGCUGCAGCAGUAAUGAAUUUGAGGUCAACUGCCUUCUCAAAGCGGAGUCGGAGCUUCAUUGACCGUAGUCCAGUGAAUCGCCUCUCUGGGCUUCCUUCUAUUGCUACCUCUGCUACUGCGACAUCUUCUACACUUUCUGAUUGGGGCUCCCCUGAUGGGAAAUUGGACUGGGGCAUUCGAGGAGAAGAACUGAACAAGCUGAGGAAAUCAGCAUCUUUUGGGUUCAGAAGCAGUAACGGCAAUAUGGGCCCAGCUAAUUCCCCAAUGACGGCAAAUGUUGAUGAGCCAGAUGUGUCAUGGGUGCAGUCUCUGGUGAAGGAUGUUCCAUCCGUGGGGACUGGACAAUUUGCUGCGGGACCGCAGCAAUAUCAGUUGAAUAGCGGGGUUUCAGAGAUGGUUGCUCCAUGGGUGGAGCAGUUCUACAUGGAGCAGGAGCAGAUGGUGGCUUAAGCAAGAUGACGCCACCUCUGUGAUUCUUUAAGCUAACCAGUUCUUUGGCCAUUUUUUGAUUGAUAUUAAAUAUUCAUUUUAUGCGUAGGGGAAUUCAGAGAGCAAAGCUGAAAAGCAAAAAGUUAAAAACACAAUUUAGGUAGGAAUAGAUGUCAUUUCGUGUAUGAGAUGGGUUUGCUAGUAACACAGCAAGAGGGUUUAGGUGGAAGAAAGAAACAAGUUCAGUUCUAAUUUUUUUUUUCUUGUGAUAUUUUUUAUAGAUUAAGGGAUCAAAGAAGUUGAAGAGCGGAGAGAAAAGAGGUCUUUUUCUUGUAAGACCAAUGGGUGACAGAUAAUGGAAUGUAGGAAAUGAGGUCGGAAGGCUUCCAAUUAUUUGAAUUGCUGAUAUAUGGGCGGUUGUAUGAUACAUGUAUUUAGUCUCGAAUUCAUGAAAGUUCGUAAGAAUAGAUCGUAUUCAUUUCCAAUUGUGGUUGUAUUGUCUUUUAAUUAUCAACUGAAUUGCUUUGUUUCCCUGCUAA